AUGAGUAUCUAUCUAUCUAUCUAUCUAUCUAUCUAUCUAUCUAUCUAUCGCAGAAUGUUCAUAUCAUUCAUCUAUCUAUCUAUCUAUCUAUCUAUCUAUCUAUCUAUCAUCGCAUCUAUUCAUAUCUAUCUAUCUAUAUAUCUAUCUAUCUAUCUAUAUAUAUAUAUAUAUAUAUAUAUAUAUAUAUAUAUAUAUCUAUCGCAGUAUGUUCAUAUUCAUCUAUCUAUCUAUCUAAUAUGUUCAUAUCUAUCUAUCUAUCUAUCUAUUAUCAUCUAUCUAUCUAUCGCAUCUAUCUAUCUAUCUAUCUAUCUAUCUAUCUAUCUAUCGCAGUAUGUUCAUUAUCUAUCUAUCUAUCUAUCUAUCUAUCUAUCUAUCUAUCUAUCUAUCUAUAGCAGUGUGUUCAUAUUCAUCUAUCGAUCUAUCUAUCUAUCUAUCUAUCUAUCUAUCUCUUUCUCGAAACCAGAAGAGAGCACCACAUCCACAUUUCAGCAUGAUGUUUUCUCCCUUCCUUUCCCACAGAGCCUUUUGCGUCAUCAAAAAACGGAUCAGUCAACCUUUUUCUUCUUCUUCGUUUAA